CCCGCCUGGGCCUCCCAGAGUGCUAGGAUUACAGGCUUGAGCCACCACACUGGGCUGUCUCUGUAGUAUCUUAGUUCUGUAACUUCAGUUACCACCUAAUUCCGAUGACUUUUGAAAUCUCUCUACAUAACUAAGCUCCCGGCUUUCAUUUUCAAUCUAACAUGCCUAACUAUUAUUUGUCCCUAAACAACUGUCAUUCCAAUUUUCUGCCUUGGUUAGUGAUAUUACUAAUUGCUUAAGUUAGAUAUUGCUUAAGUUAGAAAGCUCAAGAUUGCUCAAAUUAAAAAGCUCAGGACGAAUUUUUUACUAUCUCAUAUUUCCCUCAAAUAAAACUAUUAGUGAAUACAACAUAAUCACUGAAUGAUCAAGAAAUUAUACAUAAUAUAUAUAUAUGUAUAUAUAUUAUGUACACAGGCUAGAAGCUGGCAGUUCAUCUGACUCAAUAUUUGUAACUCAGGAAAUAUGACAGGAAAAAUCUAAAUGACUCUCUUUUCCCGAAAAAUGGGAAGGGCUAGCAAUAUUGUCUCAUAAUCCUUAAUGGCCACAAUGAGGCACAACUGAGAAGGUAUAGGCAGAUCCCUUUAAAUUAACCAUAAGGAUGCCAGUUUGAUAUAAUCUUGAUUUUCCUCUAUUAUUUUACAGCUGGCUUACUUUACUCAUUUAUAUUACCUGCUUCAUUUUUGUUGUGAGCAUUUGCCUUUAUAGGCCCUUAAAUACCUAUGCAUGCUAUAGGAAUUCAAAGAAAGAAUUCUGUGAAAGAGGUAGAAAUUAAUCUCAGAUUUUGAAUAAAGGAUGUGGACUGACAAUGUGCCCUAUCUGAAAGAGAAAAACAGCACAAGCUAAGGCAAGGAAGAAUAGGAAGUAGAAGUCCAAAAAUUUUAUCCAGAAGCAGCAUUCAGCAUCUUGGUAAUCCAAUGAGAGGCAGCGUGGCAUGAUGUGGCGUGAUGCUUUGCCAUAAUAUUCAAAUCCCAGUUCCACUACUUAAGUACCAAGCCAAAUUACUUAAGAUGCUUAAGUUUAUGUUUCUUCAGCUAUUGGGUUACUUAAUUAACAUUUCUUCAAUUAAUGAAAUAUGAUAGCAUAGUUGAUACUCAACACUAAUUCCCUAUCUAAUACUGUAUUUUCAUAGCAGAAGAAACUGGGCCAGAGUUAGGUACAGUGAUUUGUCUAAGUUCACAUAGUUUGUGGUGAGUCAGAGCUCUCUUGUUUUUUACUCAGUUCAGGGUUAUGCUUGUUUUUAAGCCACAACACAUCUAUUAAUAACAAGAACAACUCACACAGAGAAGAGAGGUCAUUCUGUAGAAUAGGAGGAUGUGACAUUAUAUAACACCAGAAUUUAAGAUUAAAAAGUAUUAAAUAUCUGAAAGAAUUUCACUCAUUUUUGGUGAUUUCACUUAUUUUUGGUAAUUAUAUAUACAAGUAGUUUUCUCUUAAGACACAUUAUAUAGUAGAUACAACAUAUUACAACAUCAUCAAGUUUUUUAUAAGUUAAAAACCUUUUGAAAUAGCAACUUAGUAAAAUGUUUAAAAAUUCUUCUAGGCUAUAAAGAGUAUUAUAUUAUUUAGGUGGCUGCCUCCUGACAAAGUCUAGCUCUUGUUCUUUGUUAACAAAAACUAAACUCAUCAGCGUACAACUACUUCUAAGUGAAGUUGAGUACUAUUUUUUCAGUAUUCAACUUAAAAGAUCUCUGGCCAGCGGACAAAAAUGUUUGUUUUACAAUUGCCUGCUGAACUAUGAUAGCCUGUUUCCAGAUGGUGCCCUUCCUUCAACCUGCACAAUCUCUCCUUGUUCGAAGCUAUUCAACCUCCCGCUGAUCCCACUACCCCCACCUCUAUUUAAGGCUACAGAGAGGAAAUCUUAAGUCUCUAGCAAUUUUUUGGUGAUGUAAUAUGUGGGCUGAACUUGAAUCUACUGAGAAAGAGGGAAUCACUAUUCUAGGGUACUGUAUAUACAAUCUGGGUCAGCUGCAGCUGGUUACUGCAUUUCUCCAUGUGGCAGGCAGAGCAAAGCCACAAUGCUUUCUCUGCCCAAUUAAAGACAGCCCACAGACCAGAACUUCCACUAGACUACUAAAAAUUACAUAGGUGGCUUGUCAAAUUCAAUUGAUUAGUAUUGUAAAAAGAAAAAGAAGUUCCUUCUUACAGCGUGGAUUCAACGGUCCAAAACAAAAAUGCAGCUGCAUUAAAGUCACAGAUGAACAAACGUCUACACUGAUUUUAAAAAUCAAGAAUAAGGGCAAGUUACUGGAUUCACUUUGUCAACAGAUACAAAAAGACACUGUUGUACAACCUCAUCUCAAAAUGAAAGCUUUUAUCUGGACGCUAGGUGUGCUAUUCUUCCUCCUAAUGGGCAUUGGACAUUGCAGAGGAGGACAGUUCAAAAUAAAAAAAAUAACCCAGAGAAGAUAUCCUCGUGCCACAGAUGGUAAAGACGAAGCAAAGAAAUGUGCAUACACAUUCCUGGUACCUGAACAAAAAAUAACAGGGCCAAUUUGUGUCAACACCAAAGGGCAAGAUGCAGGUACCAUUAAAGACAUGAUCACCAGGAUGGACCUUGAAAAUCUGAAGGAUGUGCUUUCCAGGCAGAAGCGGGAGAUAGAUGUACUGCAAUUGGUGGUGGAUGUAGACGGGAACAUUGUAAAUGAGGUAAAGCUUCUGAGAAAAGAAAGCCGUAACAUGAACUCUCGUGUUACUCAACUCUAUAUGCAACUAUUACACGAGAUUAUCCGUAAGAGGGAUAAUUCACUUGAACUUUCCCAGUUGGAAAAUAAAAUCCUCAAUGUCACCACAGAAAUGCUGAAGAUGGCAACAAGGUACAGGGAACUCGAGUUGAAAUAUGCUUCCUUGACUGAUCUUGUCAAUAACCAGUCUGUGAUGAUCACUUUGUUGGAAGAACAGUGCUUGAGGAUAUUUUCCCGACAAGACACCCAUGUGUCUCCCCCUCUUGUCCAGGCGGUGCCACAACACAUCCCUAACAGUCAUCAGUAUACUCCUGGUCUGCUGGGAGGUAAUGAGAUACAGAGGGAUCCAGGCUAUCCCAGAGAGUUAGUGCCGCCACCUGAUCUGGCAACUUCUCCCACCAAAAGCCCUUUCAAGAUACCACCAGUAACUUUUAUCAAUGAAGGACCAUUCAAAGACUGUCAGCAGGCAAAAGAAGCUGGGCAUUCAGUCAGUGGUAUUUACAUGAUUAAACCUGAAAACAGCAAUGGACCAUUGCAGUUAUGGUGUGAGAACAGUUUGGAUCCUGGGGGUUGGACUGUUAUUCAGAAAAGAACAGAUGGCUCUGUCAACUUCUUCAGAAAUUGGGAAAAUUAUAAGAAAGGGUUUGGAAACAUUGAUGGAGAAUAUUGGCUUGGACUGGAAAAUAUCUAUAUGCUUAGCAAUCAAGAUAAUUAUAAACUGUUAAUUGAAUUAGAAGAUUGGAGUGAUAAAAAAGUUUAUGCAGAAUACAGCAGCUUUCGUCUGGAACCUGAAAGUGAAUUCUAUAGACUGCGUCUGGGAACUUACCAGGGAAAUGCAGGGGAUUCUAUGAUGUGGCAUAAUGGUAAACAAUUCACCACACUGGACAGAGAUAAAGAUAUGUAUGCAGGAAACUGUGCCCACUUUCAUAAAGGAGGCUGGUGGUACAAUGCCUGUGCACACUCUAACCUAAAUGGAGUAUGGUACAGAGGAGGCCAUUACAGAAGCAAGCACCAAGAUGGAAUUUUUUGGGCCGAAUACAGAGGCGGGUCAUAUUCCUUGAGAGGAGUUCAGAUGAUGAUCAAGCCUAUUGACUGAAUAGAGACAGUCCCCAAUUUAAGUGACAUAAACUCUGUAUUUUUUUAGUUCCUAAAAAUGUAAAUGUUACAUGUAUAUUAUUUUGCACAAUUUAUUUCUACAGAUAAUAUUUUUUAAAAUUAAUUUGACCAUAACUAUAAACGGGGAUCUAUGAAUGUAGUUUCAUCUGCCUUCAAUAUACUGAAGAAGAUAAUUUGUCUCCAUAUACUAGUGAUUUAAAAACUUAUAUUGACUAGAUACAGGCAAAGUUUGUUUUCUAAAAUGUAAAUAUUUGCCACAUUAUAAAACAAAGCUUUAUUUUAAAUAAUAACUGAAUACAUGUUCAAGAUACUUACCAAUUUAUUUAAAAACUAUGAGAUUCUCUAACUUCCAGUGGAAAAAAAACUUUUAAAUUUUAGUCAAGUAAUACAUUUUAUUUAUAAAAAUACAGACAGGAAAUUAGAGAGAAAUCUCUAGUUUUGCCUAUAGAGAAUACAUUUUCCAUUGAAUAAAAGUUAUUUUAAAUUGAA